AUGAGAUAUCGCAAAUGGGCUAGUCGAGUCGCCCGCCCGCCGGGGGUGGGGGAGGGGAGGCAGAAAGAUGCGUUUUUGCGCCGGAAUCUAGACGCGCUCACGGCUAAAUCCAAGUGCGUAACCGAUAGCGCGUUGAUUCGCCUACGCGGACUGCGCGGUUUACGUUCGCGUUUUCGGGGACGCGCAGCCGAGGGGCACGAUGUGCCUAAUGAAAACGUCGCCCGACCGCGCGUCGGUGUUGCCAAUUUACUUAGAUUAGGCGUUUACAACGCUUGUGGCCGCUCGGACACGCUACACGGAGCCGUUGGCAUGUCCACGAAUCUCGACGCACACAUUUGCACGGCAGUUUUACCGUACAGAGGCGCCCGUAUAAAAUUUACGGCGCACACUUUCGCAGGCCGGCUGCGGCGCAUAGAUCAGCGGGACGCCCCCCCGCCCGAGCUGGUCAGCCAUUCCGCGUCGGCUAGAUUUAUAACCUGUGCACCGGCAAUCCGC